CGUUGCAUGAUUUUUUCUACAGCGCGCAGAGUGAAGGUUUAUGCGGUAAAGCUGGAGUUGCGCAGAAUAAUGUUGAUCUGUAGAUCCAUCAUGACUAGAUUACUCAACUAGUGUAGUACUCUGAUUAAAUAAAAUACAUUUUAAAAAUGACCAUCUCAUGUAGUAGGUGCAAGGUUAAGCGUGUGGUUGGUAAAACCGACUUUACCAUUGCUGACCUAUCCAAUUACAAAACGUGCAUCUCAUGCAGAAACAAAUUGAAAGAGUAUAGAAGAGUACAUGUAAAGAAGAGGAGAAGAGUUGAAAACGAGAAGAAAAACUCAAGCGAUGAUCGGAUUGAUGUCAGUAUAGUUCCAAGUGCAGUUGAGACAAAAAAAGCUCAAGGCAAGAAGAAAGCAAUUGAAUUUAAAGAGUUUCUAGAAAUCAUUUACAACGAUGUGAAGAGGCAAGAUUUGGUGAUAAACGAAACCGUCCUCGUUGACAAUUUCACACUUCCAAGAAAUAUGACGGGUUUAACUGGAAAUGUGUUUGUAAAAAAAAAAGAAGCAAGUGCGGACAUUUCAGAUUUGUCUGAAGAGGGAGAUGACAUCAAUGUUGAUAACGAGCUCAAUGCACACGAAGAAACAGUAAAUAGUUUGACAGAUGGAUCGACAUACUUACUUUCAGUGCAAAUCAACAAAGACGAGAUGCUAAAAAAUAGUUUGACUGAGUCAUUUGAAGUUCAUUAUAUUGAUCGUAUACGCCAUGUUCUACGACUUUGUGAAUGUGACUUCAAAUUUUACGUAUCAUCAUGGAAAAAUGGCAAGUAUUAUGCAUCCUUUCGCUGCUCUGAAGAUAAGAGUGCAUUCAAACGAUUUGGGGUAGAUACUGACCAGAUCAGUUUGGCUCAUGAAAAGAGGAGAGCAGAUUCUCCGACUAAUGAGCCUGGUGAGAGCGCUGAUAAGGAAACCAGUUUGUUGAAAAGCAAGUUGUUAGAAUGGGUGGAGCCUACAGAUGUCGAACCUGACGAUCUCAAUCUGAAAAUUGAAAAUGAGCCUGUCAAUUCACGAUUCCACUCCUCCUUUGGAUACUUUUGUGGCUCAAAAAUGAAUCUAAUUGUUGAUUAUUCAAAACUUGAAUUUCAAUUAAAAUUUGCUCAUAAGCAUCAUCGACUUGAGCUGAAAUAUAUGGAGGAUCAGCGACAGGAUUCUACUGGAAGGUUGGGAUUGGAAGUAGAAAAGGAAAGCACUUUGCGAAAAAACAUCAAGACAGAAAUUGUGCAGAGCAGCGAUCGUCCGAAUGAUGAUGAUAAAGAGGAGCACGAUGGAAAGGGAAGAGAAAACGCCCCGAACCAAUACAUAUUAGCUGAUAAGGACUCUAGACUUUCAGAUAAACUUGAUAAAUUACAUAAAACGCUUGAGGAGCUCUGAAAUUCAUUUUUUGUAUAUCUUUUUAUUUAUUUGUAUAUGUUUAUUAACUGUCUGUAGAAUAAAAAAGAAGGAUCAUAAAUUGUAAUUUGAUGUACAAAAAAAGUGGGGAUGGUGUAGGAAAGAAGUACUGAAUUGAGGGAAUCAAAGAACGAACUCUCUAAUAGCCUCAUUUGUUAUCGUCGGAGUUGUUUUUGCUGCUUUUA